AUGUCUGCCCCAAAGAUCAUCCUGUACACCAACCGCAUCUGCCCUUGGGCUCACCGCGCACACAUCGCUCUCAAGGAGCUUGGCCUCGACUAUGAAGAAGUCACAAUCGACUUGAGCAAGCCGCGUGAGCAGUGGUAUCUGGAUAUUAACCCACGCGGCCUUGUUCCCACAAUCUCCUACAAUGGAACCAUCAUCCCCGAAUCCGGCAUCGUAGCCCAAUUCCUCGCGGACGCACAUCAAUCCCACCUCCUGCCCCCAUCCUCACCAGCCUCAAACGCCAUCUACCGCGCUCAGCUUUCCUUCUUCGUUGACGCCUUCUUCAGCAAGGCUCUGCCUUCUUUCUUUGCCAGUCUGCGUGCCACCGAUGACGCAGAGCGCGAUGUCGCAGCUGAGCAGCUCGUCGCUGCUAUCGCGAAGGAGGUUGAGCCCCUCCUCGCAGAUACCGAGGGCAAGGGUCCCUUCUUUGGUGGUAGUGAGAAAUUGACCCUGGCUGAGGUUCAGUCGGGAUCAUUCUUGUUGCGCAUUUUGGGCUUUGCGAAGCCAGAGCAUGGGCUUGUUUCUGCCAAGUUGCCUACUUUGCUAGAGCAGGUUCCGAGAUUCAAGCGUUGGGCGGAGGCGACGGUUGCGCAUGAUAGUGUUAAUUUCAUCUUUGAUGAGAAGCUUUGUGCGGAUAAGAUGAGGGCUAAGUUUGCGCCUGCGGCAAAGGUUUAG